AUGUUUCCCAUCUCCCUCUUGUUUACGUUUUUGGGUCUCAUCCUCUCUGGAGUUGCACGAGCGGUAUACACCGAUCAGGCCUGUGUUGCUGCUUGCUCAGACCGGUCGGUCGUACUUGGACACUUCAGAGGCAUCUACGGAAAUGAGCCAUACCGCCAGAACUUCACGUUCGCCAACGACUUUGUCAAUUGCUGCUGCUCCGGUGAAGAGAAUGACAAGUCUCUGGGAAGAGACAAGUCGCUGGCCAGCGCAGGCAUCUGUCAGAGCUGCGAAAGCACACCUUGGGCUGUCAAAGAUGACUUAUCAGCUGUGAAUGGCUCCGCGGAGAACGCGACGCUGUUCAAGCCACAAGGCUACUCCACAUCGGAGGAUCGCAGCAAGGCGCCGAUCUCGGCCAUGGGGUCUUGGGCGGAUCCGAGGAUCAUGACCUCAUUAGCGGCCGUACUCAUGUCGCUACUGCUAUCCUGUGUCAUGAUGAAACUAGCAUAG